AGGCCAUAAAACCCAAACCCAUCCGGACUCUUCCAGAGAGAGAGAAAGAGGCGAAAAAUAAACGCAGAAUUUCCGAGUCCCCGAUGCCGCCCAUCUCCCUCCUCCCCCUCCUCCUCCUCCUCCUCGCCGGCGCCGCGGCGGCGGCGGAGCCCCCGACCCCUACCCCACCGCCUCCCGCGGCGAAGAACAAGACCAUCUACGAGCUCCUCCCGCUCUUCGGCCUCCCGGCGGGCGUCUUCCCGGCCAACGUCACCGCCUUCUCGCUCGCCGGCAACGGCAGCCUCGCCGUGGACCUCGCGGGGCCCUGCUACGUCCACUUCGAGUACCUCACCUACUUCGAGCCCCGCGUCACGGGCGUGCUCCGCUACGGCUCCCUCACCGAGCUCGAGGGCGUGCAGGUCCGCCGCUUCCUCGUCUGGUUCAGCGUCGUCCGCGUCAAGGUCGACCUGCCCCCGCCCCCGCGCUUCGUCUACCUCGACAUCGGCUGGAUCACCCGCAAGCUCCCCGCCGCCGACUUCCAGUCCGUCCACGCCUGCGAGGCCGGCAAGCGGCGGAGGAGGUGCCGCCUCUCCUCCGCGCUCGCCGCCGCCGCCGCCUGGUUCCAGGACUUCUUUGCCCAAUUUUAGAGGAUGCAGAAGGUCUAAUUUUGUGGCAGCAUCACACGAGGCUUCCAGUUUCAGCUCAACCUUUCUGCAUGAACAAGCCAUCAGCGAUGCCGAAUUGCUCAACCCUAUUUCACAUUCUCAGAUUAGGGUAGCAAGUAUUCUGGUUUUAAUAAUUAGAGUGAUAUCAGAUUUUGACCUCGGCUCACGGAGAAGAGAACAUGACUCCUUUUUAGCAGCACUAGCACCAAGAUAUAAAAUGAUGCUUCAAGACCUUAUUCUCCCCAAGUUGCUCUUGCAUUCUGACUGAUAAUAUCGUCUGAUAAAGUAACAUUGCAAAGAGGAGUACGAAGAGCAUUCAACUAUUCACGGCAACUCAUGUACGUUGUGGCCUUCGUUCGGGUUUUGCGGAAUUAUGUUGAACUGGGCGGGCGAUGGUCCCGGAAUACAGAGGAAGAGCCACCGGAUGCAGCAGGGGAAGGCGACGAUGCUACAAAGUUGGUUGCUGGUAAUGAUGCCGAGGGGUGGUGCCCUUGAUGCCCAGUACCUGCGAAGCGAGACGGGCUUGCUGUAGAGAAAGGUGCUGCUGGACUUCUUGGAGUGUUGCCCUGUAAGAUAACAAAGUGGUUUUAGCUCAACACAAGGACAAUAGCACAGAGUUAGAACGCAGCAAUCAUUAUAUUCUACUAGAUACACUUCAUUCCACCAUAUUAUAUCUGAGAACUUUAAAUACAAAAGGAAAUCCAGAACAUGUAACAACAUCCUCAAGCCUGAGAACUUUUAAGAAAAUCAGGAUUUAUUGCUGAAAUGAAAUUACUAAUGUA